AUGGCCUGUUUACAUGGAGUGGGGGACCCCGGUCUAGUGGGGUAAGUUUCUUUUGUUUUGUGUCCCCCAGAGCGUGAAAACAAAAGAAACUUACCACACUAGACCGGGGUCCCCCACUCCAUGUAAACAGGGUCUAAUUCGAAAUGCGACUUUGAGAAACUAACAUAAUUAAAAAGCCGAGAAACUUGUGAAUGCCAACAGUGCCAGCAUGGAGUGUUAAAAAACAAAAGAAAGAUGAAUAGAGGCAUUUUUCGUCAAUGUAUUUUUGUAUCCCUUGAGAAAUCCUCGCCAAUGUAAAAACAAGCCGUUUAUCGGCCUUCAGCUCGUGGUUAUGUGAUUUAUACUACUACAUGGGAAAUUACUGCAAUUUGAUUGGCUUAGAGCAGUGGUAUUUCAGCUUAAUUUGAAAUACCUACAGUACAUGUGAAAAUUACAAACCUUUUGCGGGUAGUAGUAUAAACAAAUAAUAGCAUGAUUUGUACGUGAUAUUUGGCAUAAAUACCACUAGUGAUAUUUCAAAAUUGUCACAAAUUUCACUCGCCUAACGGCUCGUGAGAUUACGCAUAACAAUUUUGAAAUAUCACUCGUGGUAUUUAUGCCAAAUAUCACUACAAAUCAUGCUAUUACCUAUACUUAUUCCUCUCGUGUGUUGCCCUCGGACGCACGAGGGGAAUAAAUCACAUAACCCCUCGCUUCAGGCCGAUAACCCUUACUAAAAACCACGAGUGAUAUUUCGAAAUUGUUAUACGUAAUUUCACGAGCCGUUAGGCGAGUGAAAUGUGAGACAAUUUUGAAAUAUCACAAGUGGUAUUUAUGCCAAAUAUCACGUACAAAUCAUGAUAUUAUUUGUUUAUACUACUACCCACAAAAGGUUUGUAAUUUUCACAUGUAGGUAUUUCAAAUUAAGCUGAAAUACCACUGCUCUAAGCCAAUCAAAUUGCAGAAAUUUCUCAUGUAGUAGUAUAAAAAUAGGAAUUUGCACAGGUCUAAGGUGUGUGAAAAAACACCUCAAAUAUUAAUUUUUUGAAAGUUCAGGUCUUUGAUGAUAAAAUAUAUGUAAUUUUUAUUUCAGAAAGUUCUGUAAUAUUGACGAUUUUAAUUUUUUUAAAAAUAGCAGUUCUACUACUUUACGUUAAAAUUUUCCAUCUGAUGACUGCUCUAUUUUAGCGGCCCGCCUUAGAAAAUUUUGAACCUGAAUUUCCCCGAUUGUCGUUGGACCAUGCAUCCAUUAAGCCCACCUAUGAUGUAGUGGUUGUUGGAUCAGGAUAUGGAGGGUCUAUUGCAGCCAGCCGUUGUGCACGAGCUGGUCAAACUGUGUGUGUGUUGGAGCGAGGGAAGGAGUGGCUUCCUGGUGACUUUCCAGAGUCAUUCCUUGCUGCCUCAAAGGAAAUUCAAAUCCAUCCUGGCGGGAAAAACACAAAAGGUAUGCUUACAAGUCAUGAAUAUAUUUAUUUGUGUCAUUAAGCAGUGGAGGAAACUAUUAAUUAAUGGUCCUGCAGAGAAGGAAUGCAACAACCAGAGAGCUUGGAGAGCGCCAAGGGCGGAGCUUGCUCGCAGGCUGCUAACGUUACUAUUGUCUAUACUUCUGAUUGACAAAAAGGUCUAAAUUUUCAACAUUUAAGGAAUUUGUGAAAUUGUAUGCUUUUCUUGGCCUUUGUUUACAACUCUUAAGAUUGGUUGAAACUUUUUAACACAAAGAAACAUCCUUACAAAAUGAAGUUAAAAUACAUUUUAAUUUUAUAAACUUCCUUUAUUUGGGUUUAAAUAAUUGAUAUUUUAUAUAAAGAAUGAAAUAUAUGAUCAUAACCCUGCAACUAUGAAUCGAAUUUGCAGGGGAACCAUCUAGUCUAUAUGAGUUUUAUGUCACUGACGACUUGAGCGUUGUCCAGGGGUGUGGUCUUGGAGGAGGCUCCCUCAUAAAUGCCAAUGUUGGCCUUGAUGCUGAUCCUAGAGUGUAUGAAGACCUGUUAUGGCCAUCAGAACUCAAGCAAGACCUUGAAAAUCUAAUGAAAAUUGACCGAAAGCAUGUGGUAGAUAUGUUGAAACCCACCCCUUAUCCAGAUCAUUACCCUAAACUGGACAAAAUGAAGCGGAUGGAAGAUGGCUUUGGUGCAUGCGAUAUUGAGGACAUUGACAAAGCCUAUUACAAAACUCCUCUUUAUGUAACAUUUGAGGACACACCAUCCAAUCAUGUUGGAGUUCCACAGCCAAAGUGCACUGGCUGUGGAAACUGCUGCGGUGGUUGCAAUGUUGGUGCAAAGAAUACUCUGAACAUGAACUACUUGCCCGAUGCGAAGGCUCACGGGGCAGAGAUAUUCACAGAGGUACAGUAGGAGCUGAGUUGUCACUAGGACGAUUAUUAGGCCAAGUUCAAACAUUGAACUUCUCAUGUACCGAACCUAAUCACUUCAAUUAAGUACAUGGAAAGACCAACAUUUGGACCAUUUAAAUCCCACACACUUAGUUUGGGUCGACCCAUGAAUUAAGUUCGAGUAGCCCACAUGGGGAUUUUGACUGUUGAGCGACUUCGUUUCAAACGUCAAACUUUUCAUGUGCCGAAUCUAAUGCAUAAAUAAAUUGAAUUUAUUUUGAAUGGUGAGCGUUGGAGACCAUUGUGCACUGUGAAAAUGAAUGUAGGCCGACGUCUAGUCUAAGGUCUAGUCCGAUGUUUAGUUCGUUGUCUGAGUCAACCAUCAAACAUAUAUCAUUUGGGUCGACCCAAAUAGGUAUUAAGUUCGGUACAUGAAAAGUUCCACUACUGAACUGGUCCUUAUUUACUUAAACAUGAGUUGCUACAGUCGUAGCACUUGGGCCUUAAAUCAAACGAAAAAGUGAGGAUCUAUAAUAUUAACAGUUUAUGAUCCACAGAAAAAAAGGCCUCUAAGAUGUUUAUAAAUGGCUAAUUCUUUAAAUUAAUGAAGUACCUGAUAGCGAAUUGACAGGCCUUUAUAAGUUAAUGACUUUUUUAUUAGUUGUAAGAGCAGGCAAAUGAAAACAGUACGUAUCAUUGUAAGAGCUACCAGUCAUUUACAAGUUGAAAAUCUACAAAUAUACCACAUUUUGAUAACUUUUUUGUCAAGAUGAACACACUGUUUAAGUAGACUAUGAUUUAGAAAUUGUUCUUACUAAAUGAAUUCUCAGGUCCGCCAUGUGAGCUGCAAGUUGUGGACUAGAAAUUACCAUAAUGUACUGCCAGAAUUUGCGCUGAAAUACACUGCACCAGUUGAAUUUUACUAAAACAAUGAUAGGGUUACUCUCAGUUUUACUUGCUUUAAUUGAAAGAUGUCAGCUUACCUUAUCAACCAUCUGUCCAUAGAAAUCUCGAUAGUUCAUUGGGCUGUUUGUAUGGGCUAAAGUUAAUGUUGCUAGGCCCCUCAGUUGGCGUCAUGAAAUACUUAUUAGGCUGGUUGCUGCUCUUUUAAAGGUUGAAGUCAUGUCAGUAACCAAGGUACCUGGCACUGCUGAGUGGAUGGUAAAAUACAAGCGGCUAAUCAGGGGCAGUUUCACUGUUGAAGAAGAAACCAUACGAGCUACUCAUGUCAUCAUUGGUGCAGGAGCACUUGGCUCUACCAAACUGUUGCUUCGAUCUAGAGAGCGGGGGCUUAAUGUAUCUAACCAAAUAGGAAAGAACUUCUCCACAAAUGGCGAUGUCUUGGGUUUCAGCUUCAACGGCGCAAAAAAUGCCAACUCUGUUGGGCUAACAACUCAACACAUGGCAAGAAAUAAGAAACCUCCAGGCCCUUGCAUAACCUCUGUCAUGGAUUUCAGAAAAACUAAUGGAAACCACAAGAAGGGCUUCGUAGUUGAAGAUGGAACACCUCCAUCGGUGAUUUCUGGUAUGUAUUCUGUUGGUUUGUCGGUUGCAGCCAAACUGAUCGGAAUUGAGAAAUACUCCUCUGCUGAAUCACUGGAAAAGGCAUGGCAGGUAAGAAUGUGACAAAAAAUAAAGAAAUUUUUUGAGAGCUCGAUGAUGUAGGGCUAGCACUCCAAUUCUGCUCUUUGAAUCUCUUUAUGGUGGCUUUAAAUUUAAUUUUAUUGUCAACCCAGUUAAUAACAAUUAUUAAAUUAUUUUGUGGGUCUUAGCACUGAAAUGUGUGUCUAGCUAGUAUUUGCAUUUUUGUGAAAUUUUAAGCUCACCAAGUUGGAUAAUCUUCAGUUCCUUAAAUAAUAUUGAGGAUUUUAAAACAAUAUGUUAUAGAAAUUGUGAUAGAAACAAUUUUUAACAUUUUAGAAACUAAAGGGCAAAGGAAUCAACAAAAGCCUUUCUUUCUUGUGCAUGAGCCAUGAUGAUGCUAGUGGUAUCAUCACUUACAAUAACACUAACGACAGUGUUGAUAUCACCUGGAAGAGAGUUGGUGAUGAGGAAAACUUUGUGACUUGCAAUAAGGCAAUGGAAAAAGUCACUACAGGUCUCAGCGGGACAUUUGUGCAAAACCCCAUGUGGACUCCUGCCCUUGGUAAAAGUGUCAUCUCAGCACAUCCUCUUGGUGGCUGCCCCAUGGGAGAAUCUGGACAAACUGCUGUCGUAAACCAUGCUGGACAAGUCUUUGAUGGUAGUAUAACACAGUAUAACAUUUAGUAUAGGUAAUCACAUGAUUUCGAGUGCAAUUUGGAAUAAAUAAGCACUUGUAAAUUUUUCAAAGACCACAAAGUGCACUCGCCCUACGGGCUCGUGCACUUUUGUUGGUCUUUGAAAAAUUUACUCAUGCUUAUUUAUUCCAAAUUGCACUCGAAAUCAUGUGAUUACCUAUACAUAUGCUUUUGGUGCCUAUGUUAAUAGUAUGCUCAACUGAAUAAACUCUCUAAAAGGAAUAAACUCUUAAAAUCACUCAAUCAUUUUGGCAUUCAUUGCUUUGCAAUAGCUAGAAAUCUGCUUGAAAUAAAAAUAUUCAUGUAUGUAGCAACUAUUAAAAGUAGCCCAAAAAUCAUGGUACAGGAAAUUUGCAACAAAACGUUUGCGUAUUCGUAUUCUGGAAUACGAUCAAUCAAAUGCAUGUUAAGUUUAAUGUGAUGCCUCUGAAUGUUCUUAAAUUCAAAAAUUUAACUUUAAAAUUAUUAUACCAUUUUUUAUUCAUGAGGUCGACCUGGCGUGGAUUAGCUUGAAAAGCUUCUGAGCGAAUGAGACCACAACACACAUACAGACAGGAGUCAGGCCAUUUGUCGUACGUAGUUACUAAAACAAGGAAUGACCUACAAUGACCUACAAUGACCUACAAUGAUCUACAAUGACCUACAAUGACCUACAAUGAUCUACAAUGAUCUACAAUGACCUACAAUGAGCUACUAUGACCGAACGUGUAAUCCCUGUAAUGAGCUAAAAUGAAGAUUUUAGAAAAAGACAAAAAAAAAAAAAAAGAUCAGGGGACGUGUGCGUAAACGUAACGCGUUUAGUCUACUGCAUGACAGCCCAUUUAACGAUGACAGCAUCUCUAAUUAUUACGCUUGGAGAUAAAUUUACAGUGUAAUAAUACAUGUAUGAUGAUACUGUGACUUUUGUCCAAACCAUCCCUUGCAACCUUUCGCAUUAGUUUUAUUUUGUCUUGUCUUUUUUUCAAACAAAUUGAACAAACACAGUCACCCCAACAGUCGUUCCGGGGGGAUCUUCAAGGGACGUAAGGGUAGAGGUGAACAAAGGAGGCCUUCAAAUUCUGACCCUCUUCAAAAGAAAAAUUGUUCAUUUUUUUUAAGUACCCUGGCCUGUAUAAGACAUCAUAAGACCCUUUAAAUGGCUUCCGGUCCACCAGGAUGCUCUGUUUGUAACGCUAUAUAAUAAAAUCCAUAUCCUGCUCAGUGGCCCAUACCCAUCUAGGCCAAAUGAGGAAGUGCUUGCAUGACUUCCGUCAAUAGAGCGUAUAAUAGUGCUAUACCGGUAAAAAGGCGAUUGCAAUAAUCUAUUUUCAAGUUUCUCAAGUUACCUGAGAUCAGGCACAAUUUUUGUUUUGCCUUUUCAAAAUGUGCUUGGCAAUUUAAUACCAUGAGCCUAGUGUCACGUCCAAGCGUGACACACGACAAACAUCAUUGUCUGUCAUUUUGUAGCUCAUUGUAGGGCUUAUUUUAACUCAUUUUAGCUCGUAGUAGCUCAUUGUAGCUCGUACUAGUUCAUCGUAGAUCAUUGUAGGUCAUUGUAGGCCAUUGUAGGUCAUUGUAGGUUAUUCCUUGUUUUAGUAACUACGACACACGUUCCCUGAUCUUUUUUUUUUGGUCUUUUUCUAAAAUCUUCAUUUUAGUUCAUUACAGGGAUUACACGUUCGGUCAUAGUAGCUCAUUGCAGGUCAUUGUAGAUGAUUGUAGAUCAUUGCAGGUCAUUGUAGAUCAUUGUAGAUCAUUGUAGGUCAUUGUAGGUCAUUGUAGGUCAUUCCUUGUUUUAGUAACUACGAUUUGCCGUAUGCUGGAACACUCAUUAAGGAAAUAAUAAUUAUAUUAAUUUUAUAGACCAAUGUAUGGUAACUUAUAUCAUUUUAGGUGAUUCUGGCAGUGUGCUUGAAGGACUCUAUGUUGUAGAUGGUGCAAUUCUUCCCAUAGCUGUUGGAGUCAACCCCACUCUUACCAUUUCGUGCCUGGCAGAACGCUGUCUACGACUUCUUGCUAAAAGAGAGGGUUGGCAUAUAGAUUAUGACACAUUCAAGCCGCUCGGUGAGUUGUAGUUACCGUACUUGUACAUUUUUAUUUAUAGUAGAGAACCGUGGGUAAUAAAAUUUGUUCAUCUUUUCAUGCAAGAAGUUUGGGUUUGUCAAAAUCGUCCGUACAUACGUCCCCCUUCAUGUUAGCGGAUGUGAAAUUGCAUUGUAGCUAUGAAGUUCAGAGUAAAUAUUGGACAUCCAUGUUAUAGUCAAUUGACAGCUGUCAAAAUAGGGUAUCUGCUGACCAGACAGUGAGUGUCACAUGAAUAUCACGGGCUCGGGUGUACAACUUAUUGAGGUGAUGUGUUUUUUAAAGCUCUCCGCUGACCAGAUAUUGUUCUCAAUAAGUACUUACCUUCUCAAUGGAUCGCAGGCUCAGGUCCAUUUUUCAUCCUACUGAGUUACAGUGAAAAUGUAUUAAAAGAUACACGAUAAAAUACAAUAGUGAUAUAAGAUAGAAAAAUACUAUACUGAGUUAUAUUUAAAAAUAAGUCUAUUUACAAAAGUUUUCUUGUAUCUGUCCGUUUUUAUCUGAGGAAGGUGACACCUUCUCCUACGCAAAUUAUAUACUAAUUCUUUUUCUUUGGGAAUGAUCGCACCUAGCAUUUGAUUAUUAAUAGCUCUUUUGAAAUCGGAUUUAUCUUGCUGUUCUAAAAGAUUAAAGUUGCUUACUGUUUGAGAGGUAAAAUGACGCUUAUGGCACCUGUCUAAAAAACGCUGUAUAACAUUUAAAUCAGAAUCAGAAGCGCCAUACACAGCGAGACCAUAUGUGAGAAUGGGAAGAACUAGGGUUUUAAACAAGUGAUCUAUUUCCUUCUGGCAUCGUUUGCACUGCAAAAGACGCCUGCUUUUCAGGCUAAAAUUUUCCCCAACCCUCCCCUCUCUCACCAUGGACCAUCACCUUCAGAAUUCCACCGUAAUGACCAAAAACCACUUAAAUCAAGAAGUACACUAGCCAUAGUACUUCGGUGGGUAGCAAACACGCUGUGAAUGUCUCAGGACUUUAUGUUAAUAUUAUUUUGUUUGCAGAUCAAACUAGCUUUGUCAAACCAAAGCCUGGAAUUCGCUUCACAGAGAAGAUGGUGGGGACAUAUGAAUCAUCGAACAACAAAGGCAAACAAAUGCCUUGUGAAUUUACACUUACCGUUGAGUCGGAUGAUGUGGAACAGAUGCUUAACUGUGACCCAUCUCACUCUGCUAAAAUAAGUGGAACAGUGACUUGUCUGGCAUUAUCCUCAUCUCCACUGACGGUUUCUGAUGGUAUGUGCACUGCUGCUGUUGUUGUUGUUGUUUUUUUUAAAAACCUGUAUAAGUACUUUACCAAGAAAAAAAAAAAAAAAGAGAGAGAUUUAGGGUUAUCUAGGGUAACAUCAAGAAUAAUACAAUAAGAGGUCUGUCAAGUCACUCCUUCGAUUUCAAAAGGAUUGAUUUAACUCAAAGGAUCUAAAUAAACGAAUAUUGCAUUUAAGCGUUUAUUAAUAAGCACUUUUUGUCUCAAAUGCAGCGCUUAAGCGGGGACGGCGCUUAUUCCAGUAAAUACAGUCUGCUCCCUUUCGAGACUCGAUCCACAAGGGGUAUUUUCCGAGAAGAAGUUCCAAGAUAUUUACUUUUUGCAGGAGAAUUUACUCUAUGCAAUAUCUAAGUAACGAUAUGUGUAGUUCCAUUUGUCACUUAACGUUCUUUCACUUCUUCGAGUAGCGUUGUACAUACAGUAAACAUAGAGAGUAAACCAUGAGUCAAGCGGUCGUCUACAAAAGCUUGAAAACAAUACAAGAUUAUAAAACCGUCACGUUUGAAGUAAUAGCGGUCGCUUAUGAGAGGUGUUCAUUUACGAGACUGGUACCAACUAUAAGGCUUUGACUGAAAAGGAUUUGGUGUUUUGGAUUGGUGUUAGCUUACGAGAGGUGGUCACACAUGGAGAUUCCACUGUUUUUGUUUGUGCUAAUAAUAAUUUUUUGGAUUACAAUAUCUUUUUAUUAUGUAAGCUUUUGCUACAGAAGCAUUUUAAAUAAUAUUAUUAUAAGUCAAGUAACUGUUUAAAGAACCCCUGUAUGGAAUUGCAUGAAGAGAGUGUCUCUUUGAGAGAGUUAUUACUAAUCCAGCAUCAUGUCACAAGUGUGGAAUAAACUGGAAAACAAUUUUCAAGUCCGUGACAGGAUUGGAACCUAUGACCUGUGAAACACUGGGCAGGCGUUCUAUCUGAUCGUCAAGCCACUGGGAGACUCAUGAAAAACAAGGCGAUUAACUGGUGUGUCUCUUUGUUUUUGGCAGGCCAUUUUCAGCUGUUCAGUACCAGUAAAGAGAACGCCGACACUAAGAACAUGGUGUAUAAAAUGACUCUUAAUGGAGAUGGGGGCAGGCUGUUUUCCUUUGAAGGUGUCAAGUAUGUCCACAAGGACCAUUUUGGUGAAACUGGAUUGAAAGAUACCACAACACUGUUCGUCAAAAUCUUCCGCCUUGGUAAGGAAGAGCCCUUGGGCAACGCAACACUCUACAUAACUGCUGCCAACUUUGCUAAGCAACUUGAGACAAUGGACAUCAUUAAUACCCACAGCACACGUGAGAAGCUGUAUUGGAUGGCACGUUUUGGUGCGUUCUUUGCUAAAACCCUCUGGAAUGUGUACGGUCCAGUCUCCUCAUUUGAUAAGUACUUCAUCCCUGAUGCUCCACCCAGGAAGAAAAGAGCUCUGAGGCUGCGUGGAUGCCUUCCUGAAGUCUUCAACUGCACCACUGACGACAAGGUGAAAACCCAAAUUCUCCUUAUCUGUUUUUGUAGGUUUUCAGGGUUUGUCACUGAAAUUUCCAAAAAAUGUAAUUCCAUGAUCGUUAGUUGGGAAAACUACUUAAUUCUGCGCGCGGACGAAAUGAGUCAGGGCCAUGAAAUAAAUUAAGGUCUCUUGUCAGGGUAGGAAAAUGAGCAAUGGGUCAGGAUUUGAAGGCUCCCGCGGUACACCUCUACCCCAAUUUUCCUUGUUACCCCCGGCACGGAAAGAAGCUAGACUAUACACGCAGGUUCUGCGUCUCCUAAACUGUUCGCAAUGUAAUGUGGGUUUUUUUUAACAAUCCCUUUUACUUGAUUGGGAAGCUUAAAGGAGACAAGGCAAAAUAGUCACCACCCAGGAAGGCUUUCAUCUGAACAGAGACAAAUCACAGCCAGCAUAUGUUCUUGUUUUUCCUUUUUAAGAUCCUGGCUAGCGGUUGUUUGCUCUUAAGUCUUCUGUUCCUUUAUUCAACUACAUAAAAUGGUUAUGUUUUCAGUUUGAAAUAGCUUUGACUCGCUACAACGGUGGCUCUAAAGGCCCAGUUGUAAUGUUUCACGGAGCCGGAGUGAGUAGUGGAAUGUUUAGCCUUGACACAAUUGACACCAACCUUGUGGAAUAUCUGGUGCAACACAGGUAUGAUGUUACAUUUGCCACAGUAUCCUGUAGUAACCCAUUAGAGACCUUUAGAUUCUAAUACGAGGACGACUACGAGGUCGAGAUUUUCUCAGUACUUAGUAGUGCGCGUGCGUGAACCAGCGUCAUUUUGGCGAGAAACGUGAUAGCCGUCGUUAUUCUUUUACAGACGGGGAGUGGGGCGAGGGGGGCUGAGAAUAUCGUAGAGGCGAGAACAAGUUUUCAAAUGUUAGAAGUUAUUUAAUUUCGCUCUCACAUUGGGGCUCAAUCUCCUUCAAUAACAAUAACCCUGCUAACUUUUCGUAUGACCAAAAAUGCAUGCAACAACGAAAAUGACAAAUCUGGCGAAACUUCGUCAAAGAUUUGGCGAAAAUUCAAGGAUGUCCGAAGGUGCCCCUUGAAAAGUGACGAGUGACGAAAAAGGCAAAUUGGGAAAAAGGAUAAAUUUGGCGAAAACUGAAAGGUGAUGUCUAAAGGGGUCUCUUGAAAGGUGGUGAUUUUGACGAAAAAUGGCAAAUUUGACGAAAAUGACGAAUUCGCCAUUUUGGUCACAUCGCCGUGUUUACUAUUUUCGUCAAAAUCGCCACUAUUGAAGGGGAGCCUUUGAACAUCUCAUAAGAAGUUCAGUCACAUCUUUGGCGAAUUUCGCCAAAUUCGCCACUUUCCAAGGGGCCUCUUUGCUAUCUUAUUUGGCACGUAGUUGAGGGGUUGCCAUAUUCGCCAUUUUCGCCAAAUUCGGCACAUUCGUCAAAAUCGUCACUUUCAAUAGGCCCCUUUGACUUGUCAUUUGAAUUUAUUGUUUAGACUUUGGCGGUUGUUCGCCAAAUUUGCCAUUUUCGCCAAAAUAGCCCCUCUUAAAGGUCAUUUUAAUUUUUGCAAACCCUCUGGCGAAUUUCUUUUGCCAGAUUCUGUUUUCACCAUUGCUAACAGGUUUCCACUAUUUUCGUCACAUCCGCCACUCUCCAAGGGGCCUUUUUGGCAUCCAAUUUGAAUAUUUACCAAACCCUUGGCAAAGUUUUGCCACAUUCGCCAUUUUCACCAGAUCUGCCAUUUAUGUCAUGCAGUUUUUCCAUUUUCGUCAACUUCUCUACUAUACAAUUAAGGCGCACCUCUUGUAAUCUCAUUUAAAUUUUAGCCAGCCCUCAGGCUAUUUCUCACCAGAUUCGCCAUUUUCGUCAUUGCUUGUGUCUCUGAACAUAAGUGAACUUUUUUGGCUAAGAAAAUUUGCAGUGAAACCGUAUUAAGCGGACAGUAGCCAAAGUCACCAAUUUUUUCCCCCUUGUUAAGCGGCCACCUCUCUUCAGCGGACGCAGACCUCUAAGAAGUGGAUGAAAGGGUCAUUUCUGUUGUUACAAACCUGCAUAAAGCGGACACUCGUCAUUAGACUCCACUAUCCAACAUGCCAGACACGUGGUAUUCAAACUGGAUUUCCACCCACAAAUUUGCUGAAUUUACUAAACGUAGUUGACUAAAGAUGUAUUAAUUUUCGAUAACAUUGUCGAAUACUCAAGAAGAAAAGAAACCAGAAAUACAGACGCGUACACGAACUAUUGUAGUUCUUAAAACAGCUAGUAUUCUGUAAAUUCUUCGUCGGUCAGAUACUCUUUUAACAGUUACAAGACAAAAUCAGUUACCCGUUUCCCAUCAGUUUUACAGUACUGUUUAUCUAAUUUCGUUUUGCUUGUACAUGUAUAGAGUUUGUUUUACUCAUUUGUUCUCUUAAAACUUAAGGAGCAAUGAAUUGGUCCACUGAGCUUUGAAAUGCUACAAACUUACUCUCAUACUCUCAUACUCUCUCCAGUUCCACUGUUCAACAUAACAUGGAACAUGUUGUGAGUUAAACAAAGAGUUUAGUCUUGCCUGUGAAAAUGUGCCUUAAGCUCUCGGACGAACCAAAUUUUUUUCGAUGAGAUUCUUUUUUUUUCCUUUUGUGUGGAGAUGCUCUCGCUCCUACUUUCCUUCCUUAAUUAAACGUGGUUGGUAUUCCAUGUAAGCUUUUCUCAUAAGUAGUAUCCUUAAAAGCAGUGUUCACUGACUGAGCACAGUUACAUGGCUUCACUAGGUACGACGUUUGGCUUGUUGAUUGGCGCACUUCGUGUAAUCUUCCAUCAAUGGUUCGCAAGGACUACACACUGGACGACUGUGCAGCUUUUGACUACCCAGCGGCUAUCAAUAAAGUGAUAGAAAUCACUAAGCAGGUAUAUAAACCACUGGUGUUGGUUAAGGUGGCUAAACACUUUUGUUUUUAAUUUUUUUAAAAUGAACACCAGUGAGCAGCACAAAGCAACGCGAGGAUCUUGUUAACUUGAUUAUUUCAUCUCAUCACACAGACUCAUCAGGGAGUAUAACAAGACAGAGCUAAGGAACUAACUUUAUACCUAAUGAUUCAGACGAAAUCACGUUCCUAAGGGUAUGCGUGCAGGAUAUGACUAUAAUCCUGCGUUACAAAAUUUGCAAUUUUUUUAUUUUGGGGCUAACGGAUUUAACGGAAUCCAAAACAUAUAAGCGAAAAAGGUUUUUGAGCCAACGUUUUCAUGUUUUAAUGCUAUGCCUGUAAAAAGCACCAAAAAAUUAUUAUGGAUAGUGCUUUUGGUGAAAUUUUUUGAUAUCUUCUUCAUAAAUCUACAAGAGGAUUUUGAUUCUGGGUAAAGGCAUUAAGUAAUGACUUCAGCACAGAAUUGACUUAAAACAGUAACAUCCUCGUGGCAUAGCCCCUUUGAGCCUGGUGAACGAAUUAGGAUGAUGUUUGUAUAUCUUCCUGCAGAAAGACGUUCAGGUGGUGGCGCACUGUGCCGGAUCUUUAGUGUGUUUUGCUUCUCUCCUGUCUGGAGCGCUUGAGGGAAAGGUCAGGAGUCUGGUGGCGAGUCAAGUGGCUGCUAAUCCCAUUCCCUGCCCGUUCAAUAAGCUGAAAGCUGGGCUUCAUAUUCCAGGAGUAAUGGAGGCUGUUGGAAUAAAGGGAUUAACAGUUGACACAGAUGAUCAUACGUCCUGGGCUGGCUGGCUUUUCGAUAAAUUUGUCAAAGGCGUUGAUCAUUUGUUUUUGCCAUAUGAGGAACUUUGUCGUAACCCUGUUUGCCACAGGUAUGGAGCAAAACCUGUAGAAAUGUACUGUCAACCUUAAAAGUCAGUUGCCGUUUGAAGUUUCUGUUAUAAUGUUUAAGCUCAGUACCAGACCCUGGUUGUUCAAACGUUGGAUAGCCUUAUCCAACGGACAAAUCACUAUCCAGCGGGCUGAAGUAUUAGGGAAACCAAUGACGCUAUCCAUUGAUAAAGAUUUAGCCAGUGGAUAGCGUUUUCCUCCUUACAAAUAACUCAGCCCAGAAAGUUAGUAAGUUUUAAGUAUAACGAUGGGAUAAAGGAAAAUGAUGUUUAUACGUUUAGAGAUAUUAUAUAUAUGUGGUGUCACUACAACCAGCUGCAAAAAUACUUCAGACAUCAGUACCUUAUUUGGGCUUAAUGGCCUAUCAAUGAUCUUGUAAUUGUGAUCCCCUCCUCUCCCCUUGAGAAAGUUGCUAACAAUACGAGACCAUGCUCAAAACUUGAAGGAACGUGUUAGAGGACGUGAGUUUUAUUUGUCAUAGAUGUGUUCCUAUCAGCAAUUUUUAAUAAAACAUGAAGCCAGUUUUUUUGCAACUGGUUGUAACUUUGGACACGGUGAAUUCGUUUAUCGCAUCUCUUUUAUAACUAAAAAUACCUUUUCCCCUUGUUUCAUGUGAAAUUGAGCAGAAUAACCUUCACUUAUGGCCUUCUAUGGGAACAUGAAAAUCUCACUCCACUGACGCACGAUACUCUGCACGAGUUCUUUGGCUACAUAACAGCAGAGUGUAGCGCCCAGUUGGCUCUGACGAUGAGAGAAAAAAAGCUGGUUUCGGCUUCAGGAAAAGACAUCUAUUUGCCUGAUGUGGACAAGGACGAUCGGCUGGAUAGUCCAAUAUACAGGAAACAUAUUAAGCGACUAGAUAUGCCAAUCUGCUUUAUUGUUGGUGAGUUUUAUCGUAUGUUCAUAAUAAAGAGAUUGGGAAGGCAAGCAAGGCAUGUAUUCAUGGAAACGAAGACUAAAGCUGAUGCAUUGUUCGAUAUUUUGUUUUAUAUUUAUCAUAACAAUGGAAAUAACACACACAAAAAAAUGCUUAUUGCAAAAUGCACAGAAUUAUGUGGCUCGGGUACUAUGCGCGUGGUGGCGCACGGCCUUCCCAGUCUCUGUUUGAUAGUAUGUGUCAAUUUGUACAAUUCCUUACUCAGCCAUCCUUGAUCAAUCAUUCCGCUUUUUUGGCGCCAUUUAUUGUUGCACUGUGUAUACUACAUGAUCUUGACUUCGGUGGAACCUGUGUUUAACGGUCGCCCUAUUGACUUGAGAACGUGAGGCGCCAGCGUAUAAUGUGGGAUCGCUAAAGAUACUUACUGGGUAUAGACGACAAACAGAUUUACCCGUUAUUCAUUCAUACUUCUGUACAAUUGUGCAACAUCGGCGUAAGAUCCUCAAAUUUGAGGACUUUCUGAAGAAUUGGGAAAUUUGGAAGGGCGGUUUGAUCUAAACAAGAUCUAUCUACUCUAGCCUCACAUUCACCCAAAAGGUAGGCAACGAAGUGCACUACUGUGAGUGAAUCACCGUGAUAAUUGGUAUUUUUGACUUCUAUGCUUCAUUGUUAGGAGAGAAAAACAGCUGCUAUCUUCCUGAAAGCACCUCCACUACAUUCAACCUUGUGAAAGAAGCCCACCCGCAUCAAGAGUAUUCUUGGAUUCAGAUUCCUGGCUAUGGGCACUUGGACUGCAUUUAUGGCAGAGACGCAGUGCAUGAUGUUUAUCCGCACAUUUUAAAGGCUUUGGAUGCGUAUGCUCAAGAUGAUUUGCAUCGUGAUAAGGCAGCUCGUCGUCACGUAUUGCAGGCUCUGAAGUCUUUGGAAAUUAACCCAGGUAUGAUAGUCACGAACUAAUGUGAUAAGCCCCAUGCCCCUCAGACAUAACAUUUUUGACUUCAACGCGUUGGGUCCGUUUGAAUACCCUGCUGAUAUGUCCGAGGUUAAUCUCUACUGAGAGAAUUCGCAAAGGUAGAGAAUACCCUUAAGUCUAGCUAAAACGCCGAACAAGUUGGGCGAAUUUUAUUGAAAUUAAGAUUUCCAAGUGAUUUCAAAACUACAGUAUAAGUGUAUGCCACGCCAAGCUGAAAAUAACGAAAUUUCGGAGUGUUAAGUUUCCGCCUAUUGAAUGGGAGCGAAAGACAUCGAGAUUUUGUUAGGUAUUCCCAUCCAUCCAAAGUCUACGAUUUUCAAAGGAGACCUUGUGAGGAGACCCUCGGAUAUAAAACCUGGCGGUUUCACACCGGUGACUCUCCUUACCAGUUACCGUGUUUCCUCGAAUAAGCACCCACGGUCUACUAAGCGUCCUAGGGUCAGCGCCAAAAUAUGAAACAUGCGCCCUCUUCCUCUCCCCAAUCACUUUCUUUAAUAAUAGGGAUACAAGGAAAACCUGUUUCUAUUGCCACUUUAUUAAUAACUCGGUGUAUAAACUGUAUAAUGUGACUAAGUUACCAAGAUGAGAACUUAAUAAGCGCCCCCUCGACUAAGCGCCUUCUUUCUUAGACCUAAUAAGCACGCAUCUUUCUAGCCGAAAUUUUAAUAAAGGUCCGGCCGUUUUUUCAAGGAAAUACGGUAUACCUGGCAUAAAUAUGUUUUGGGCCCGACUCAGACUCAUUUUAGCCGGACCCGCCCGGCGAGGGUUAAAAUGAGCCCUGAGAAGGGCCCAAAACAUAUUUAUGCCCCAGAACAUUUUAAAAAUCUAUUACCAUUAGUUUGGAGGGCACUGAGAAAAUGAAGACUUCAAAAAAUGACAACAAGGCAGAGUAUGAAUCAAAUCACAAGAGCAUUUCAUGUUGAAUGGCUUUUAUUUUUGCCCGAAUCUGGCUAGGAAUUACAAUAUCCUGUCAUUUGAGUUUUUAAAUAUUAUAAUAGACAUGAAAGCUUAUAAUGUUCAUAUGUACAAAUGUUAUGCUAACAGUUUGGCAUUUAAUUUGGUUGAAGUGAGUGCGUUCGACUUGAAGCCGCAAAACGUACAUGUAAUUCGUCGCCGACUAUGGAGCUGCUACAGGCGUUAUUUACAUCAGAAGCCUCUCUAACUUUUGUAGAUUUUCUUCCUCUAGCUGAGGAGAUUUAGAAUUUACAAAUUGUUUGUUGUUCGCGUUGUGUUUUCAGCUAUGAUUUGAGUUUUGAAAAUGGCAACGUUAUUUCUUUGACAAACGAUGCAAGAAAACGGCGGCGCGAACAUUGCAAUGGCUUCUCAAUUUUGAGUCGCUGCGUAUGUCAUAUAACUGUUUGAUCCUCUCUUUUCGUUGGUUCAUUUCAGAGGGCGCAAUAAAAUUUUAGUCCGCCAAAUUCGCCUUUUUUAGGCCGCAAAAUGCGACACAAUGCCCAACAAAGUGAUAAUAUCUACCAGUAAAUCUCAGUCCUUCUUUUUGGCGAUUAGUCGAUCAAUCAAUCCAUCAAUCAAUCAAUCAAUCAGUCAAUCAGCCAAUCAAUCGAUCAAUCAAUUUGCGCAGUCCUCCGGUGAAUGUACUUUGUCGCGAGCGAAUGACAUGCGCAGUUAAGCAACCUUGUACCCACGGCCUCUUUCUCUUCUGGUCACGGCGAGAUUACAUUACCAGGGAGAUUAAGCAACAAGGACGACGUUGGCUACGAAAACGUCAGUUAAAAAGUGAAGUAGCGCUGCCUAAUACUUUAUCAGGCUUAUUCCAUCUGGUUUAAUUCGUCAAAUGUUGGCAAAUUGUUUUAGAGCGAAAUUCUAAAGGACUGUAUCAAAGUUCAGGAAAAGAAAAGGACAGUAGUUGUCUUCGUUCACGUCCUCGACAAAACAUGAAAUUAGGCACUUUCACGUCGUAGUCGUGCAACGACGGCUUAGAAAUGUAGAAAAAUUAUAAAAGCAUGAUGCACGUGCAAAGCUGUUGUUUUGCCAAUCUAAACCCAUAGCUUUUUUGCCGCUCUCGUUGCGGUCGCCGUUGUCGUUACUUAAGCUCCCUACUAUCGAGCAAGAUUGUCUUCUUUUCUAUCUAACUGUUGUUUGCCUCCAAAACAAUAUCGAUCAGUAGUUUUUUAGUUUUUUUGGGUCAAAUCCCGAUGCACGGACAAGAGCCAAUGUCAUGCAAGUUGAUUUUACUUUUGCCAGUGUUUACUUGCCUGUUGAUGACAGAAGAUUUCUUUAUUUAAUUUAUCUUGUAAUGUAGUCUAUGAUGUUGUCAUUUCUUGUAGGAAUGACUGAUUCAACUGACGCUUCUCCUGCUAGAAAACCAAAGUUGGAUCUUCUGUCUAAACACGAAGUGAUGUUCCCGGAUGCUGAUCACGAGCCACCAGACAUGACCGACUACGCAUCAGAUGAUUCAGGUGAUGACUAUUCUUCGUCUCUGGAGCAGCAGGAUCAGAAGAGCAUCUGGGAUGAGAUUAAUACACUGACUCCUCUGGGAUCAAUCCAAACGUGGCUGUCAAAGCCGAAUGUGAAUGUUCCAGCCAAGAAAGAAAAGAGGUUUGUCGGUUUCAUUUAUGUGCGUUAGUGUGAGGUCAAGAUGGCUCGAUAUUUGUUCGCAAGUUCUUUUUUUGCGUUUUUAUGGGCGUAAGUAUGAGGUCCAGUGAUAUUCUAACAGAGCAUCCCGGCAAGAGAUUACUUCAAAGGCGACAGAAUAUCUAUAAUGCGAAGGAUAUUUCAUAGUUUGUUUUCCUAGUUUUGAUGGUUUCUUCACUUGAAAUGACAAGGUUAUCUUGUAAGUAAAAUAAGCACUCAGAGAAGGCGAGCGUGUAGGUGGAUGCAACUUAUUAUGAGAAACGGAAUCGUUUAAAGAAUGUUUUUCGACACAAAAAUUACAUAAUUCUGUGUGCCCUUCUUUCUAAUGAAACAAGAAAGAAUUAAAAGAAAUCAAUAGGGACCUAUUCUUUCGGAAGCCAAUGGCCAGGUAUCUAAGUAACCGAACACUGAGCUUGGUCAGUUAAGUUUUUUCUAUGGCCAAGAAAAACGUGGAUAAGUGCAUAAGUUCAUGGUUACAGGAUAUUCGUGAUUAAGUAGAAGCGAAUCUUCUUAAAUCUGGUUUAGAGGGUGGUUGCGGUAAAAUGUCCUUUUUUGUCUGACUGUAAAUUAACCAUCUUCUUUUUUGCCCUUAUAUUUCAUUGCUUCGUAAGGUACGAUCCUUCUAGUGACAGUCAUGGAGAAGGGGUCACUGUACGAGAAAUGGACAAUCCUAACCAUCCAGAAAGGAACGUGAUCAUUAGCAUGAGCGACCUUCAUUUGGAUAGCAUCUGGAGUAAGAAUGAAAACGAAAGAAUCCAGACUUUUAUGAAGGACUUAGUAGAGCUCGCAAAGGUUAGGUAACAUAUUGAUUAUAGUACGGAUACUGAAGGGAUGGUUUUUGUAAGCAUCUAUCGUAGGCGGAUGAUACAAGGCUAAAUAUCGUUUUAAAUUUGUUGCCGAACAAAUUUUGAACUUUUGAUGUGGUAGCCUUUUGAAUGGGUAGUUCAGGGUACUAGCGUUUGGCGCAACUAUUUUUGGGAUCUUUUUGGCGUUUGGCUGGACAAGCGUUACUUAUGAUUGGUUAAUGGUUGCCUUGAAUACCUUCGAUCAAUCAUAACUACUUCUUGUGCACCCACACUUCCCAGAAAUCACUGCGCCUAAGGCUUGUACCCAUUCCCACUAGAGUUUCCGACGUGAGGGAAUAGUGACAAAUUGCGCCUUCAAAGAAGUUAUCUCACCUUAACAGCCUUAACACCGCAACUGAGAGCAAAAUCCACAAUUUUCACCCGCUAAGCGAGACGACGAGCAUGUCCGUCUCUGUCUUAUAAGGCUCCCCCCGGAGGAAGGGCUGCGACAUUUGUUCAACCGUGUUUCAUUGUCUUAAUCUUAGUCUACGUCGCAGAUGAAAUCUAACUUCGGUUAGUGACCUCACUCUCCCGAGCAGCGCCGAUAUCCUUGUUCUGGACCCCCAAGGGACUCAACGAAUUAUACCGGAAGUGCGUUUUGAAUUUUCCUUUCAACCUGAUUGGCAAAUCGACAAUGGCUUUUUUAACAGGCCAAUCAUGGCGCAUACUCAAAUCCUGGUAUAGAGGUGGGAGCCUGGAAAAAGGAUUUCGGCGCUGUUUCGCAGACGUACUUAACAAGAGUUUAGUUCUAUCUGUGGCGCCGGCUACCUUAAUCUGUGGAGAAAUAAAUGUUACCUUUCUUGAUUCGAUUCCACGAGUUUCCAAGAAAAACUUUAAGUUAUGACAAGAGAUAUUAUUUUUCAUUCAAAAUAGUUAGCAGUUUUUUUAUUGGCAUCAACUCCCCGGCUUAUUGUUCAUUACCAGCCAUCGUUUACCUUAUUUGGAAGAUGUAGGCAAUAUGCAAUCAAAAUAUUGCCCCAAUCUAAAAUCGCAAACUCCUUUCCGGGUAGCUGAGUGGCAGCCUAGCUAUCAUUGUGCGUGAGUGAACUGAAAAAAUAAUGGCGAAAGAGUUCAAGUUAUCGAAAGAAGGAAAUAGUCGAAUUACUGACAAAAACUGAAACGCAAAAAAUAUUGCCCGAUGGGUGUUAUCUACUUUUUGACGAGCACCUGCAAAAAAAAUAUACCCUGAAACUGUGCAGAGACUCAGGCAAAUGUUUUGAAGGAAGUCUACGAGUUGGUAAGGUUGUUGAGAACUUAGAAAUAUUUUGAAUGUAUAUGCAGAUCUUGGGACUGUUAUCCAUACAACAUGCUCCGAGAUAUGCAUAAUUCUUCACAUCAAAAUCGGCCUGAUUCAGUAAUUGUUAAUUAUUCAAUGUUUGUUUUUGACAGACAAGUCUUCACACAUUAGUACUGCUUGGAGACACUCUGGAGAUGUGGCUGGAUAGAGUUGAUGUAAAACCCAAAACAAUCAAGGAACGGAUCAAAGAUUGGCAAUCCAACGAAACCUGCAGCCUACUUUUUCAGAGCGUUCGUAAAAUGACUCAAGAAGAUGGAGUCAAAGUGUUUUACCUCCGAGGAAAUCAUGACCACGAGAUGGACGCCAAGACGGUUAAAACACUGAUGGGAGACGGAGUGGAAUUCAUAGAGGGGUCCCUCAUUUAUGUCAUCAAAAGCGACGAUGGACAGACGUACAGAAUCCGCUUUGCGCAUGGUCAUGACUGGGAUAUUUUUAACACCUACUCCCUUUCUCAGCCAGAUGACCCAUUGGGUGGUAGACCGAUCGGAUAUUACGUUACAAGGGCGGUGGCUACAGCGGACAAACACGAGAAUGAAACGGAAGAAGUAUGCAACAUUUGAGUAGCAUUCUACGGCCAACCUCGCCCCCAGGGUUUUUUAAAACCCUUGUUUUUUUAAAACAACCUGCAUUAAUGAAUCCGAACGUCCCCGCUCGAUCUCUUACUGUCACUGAGAGGUUCUUGUUUGGUAGCCUGUACCAAGCUCUCAGAUAGUAGAGACUAGGGAUAUCGCAAAAAUAAAACAAGCCAAGUGAAAUCAGACGUACCCGAUCUGGGGAAGGGGGCGGUUCCCUCUCUCUCCCCAGCCCCCGCACGUUUUUGCACUCGUUUUUGAACAGCACGACUGCACUGCACUACUAUCGUGGAGCCUCGAAAAAGCUACUUCUGUGGCUAGGUUUAAACUAGAGGAGAUUUUUCAGGAUCCGGAACGAUUAGGUACCGAACAAUUGAACAAUUUGCCUUUUGCACGCACAUGGGUUAACCCAAAUAAGAAAAAUAAAAAGAAAUACGUACCUGUUUGGUCGUGUGACCAAGGAUUUUGAAUCGCGAAUCUAAAAGCCCCAUUCACACCAACAGCUUUUAAACAUGUUUUUAGAUAAAAACAUGUUUAAAUGCCUAUAACGAGGUUUCGUUAUAUCGAGGUCCUUUUCCAUAUAUUUUACUAUCAAUGGGGAAAUGAAAAUCGUUCGUUAUACCGAAAACUUCGUUACAUAGAGGUUCGUUAUAUCGAGGCUCCACUGUAGUGAGAAGUCAGUCUGAACAGGCUCUGGAAUACUAUUAUUCUUCUCUUGUUAAGUAAACUAUUUCCUAUGUACCCGGUCCUUACAUAAAAUUUCAGCCUGGAUGUUGUUGAUCCACAAUAUCUUUUAUGCAUGUCUUUGUUUUAAAGUUUUCUUUUCGCAAUAUAAUAAUUGCGGUAUUUUUAUUUCAUUUUCAAUUGCCAGAUCAUUAUGAACAUCACAGCAGAGUUACUUAGUAGCAUCUGUUGUCACAUCACGGAAUCUUUUGUUACGGAAAUUUUGGCCUGUUCCUUUGCACAGAAAAAGUUUACUAAGUCACUCAUUGAAAGAGCUUUGGGUCAACCUAUUUCAGAAGAUGCCUACAUUCAUCUAGAUGAUGGAACGGUUAUCAAGAUGAAGCAUGUGUUUGAUUAUCCUUACUUUAAGCGUGCCAUUACCAAGGUAACAUUAUCUCCACCAUAUAUAGCGAACCUUUUUAGCCUACUUUUGAUUGGCCUACUGUUGGUGUUGAUUUGUUUAUUCCCUUUACGGCAUAUUCCCAGGUCUUCGCGUUCUGAGUUUGUGCUUUUCAUUUGGUUUAAGAGGGGCUAACAAAAUUAGCCUUCCUCAGGGCCAGAGCUAACCUGAAAAAAUAAAUCAGCUCUUUCCCGUCUUGCCAGCCUUGUAUUCAGUUUUUUUAAGCAUAUAUUUGUUCUAUGAGAGAAAUUUACUCGUUUUUGUUUUAGUGGCAAACGAACCACCGAAAACAUAGUUCUUUUUUGUAAACGUGACUUAUAACUGACCAUUUAACUUUGGUUGGCCCUGGUUGACAUGUUGACAUUAUUAUUAUUAUUAUUAUUAUUAUUAUUAUUAUUAAUUCUCUUUGAAGUCGUGCUCUUUCCUCUUACUUUCCUCUUAUGGAGCCAAGUUUAUUCCAUGAACUUAGGGCAGUCAUAAGUCUCGUGGAUUACUUGAUGGAUAGUGACAUCCUGAGUAUGUGAACAGUCCCAAGGAGGACAAUCUUCUGAAGCUCUGUUAUUCUGAUGAUUCCUGGGUCGAUCGUGCUGAUGUAGUUUUCAGUCUCUAGCUUCUUCUUGACAAGCCGGAGAGCACCAAUAACUACUAGGAAGGUUGUUGGUUUUAGUUUCCAUGUUUUCUCAAUUUCUAUUUCGAGAUCCUUGUACUUCGAAAGUUUCCACUGGUUUUUUAAAAGGAGGUAUUUUUUUCAUUGGGGAUAGGCAUUGAGCAGGUAUCAUUAUUAUCAUUUAUUUUCUCAUUAAACAGUUUGGUUCCAGCAAGACUUUCAGCCUGCUCAAGGGCUCCAUGGGAAGAUUUAAUGAUUUUCUGUCGCGUUGUCAAGAGGAUGUUAUCGUCCUUGCCCACACUCAUACCUGGAAAGAGGAUGAAAUUAAGGGCACCAAGAAUGGAGACUCCAUUUACGUCAACACAGGAACCUGGAUAGAUUUUGCGCACGAUGUAAGUACACUCACUCCCUCUCUGUGUUCACUCGACAGGAAAAAGGUUUGAUUUGUGCCGCUCUCCCGAGUCCUUCCCAAGAGAGGGGGGUAAGUGCGGGCUCAUUUUCGGAACAGCGGUUGGUAAUCUGGCCUAACUUUUCAUCACUGAAAUCCACUGAAAUUGAUCAAAUGUAAUACCCACAGACUGUGAGCUCCCAGGCGACUGUCCACCAGCCACGUAGCUUCACGGCCCUUUACACAUAUGCAUAUAGCAGUCAAAGACAAAAAAGCGAGGCUACUUCAGAAUUUUGAUUUCGAAUUUUGAGUAAUCUUAGUCAACAUUUUGGGUGAGGUCAAUUGUUCUGGUGCUGUUUACGCUAAAACAUUUACAGGGGCGUAGCCAGAAAUUUUCAAGAGGUACGCAAAAUUUUCCAAAUCCCUCUAGCCCCCUCUCACAGUUACAAUAACGUAGUCAUGCUUUACAUAUUUACCUUGCUGCUAUUUACACGCUUUUUUGCGCGUUUCUUCACUGUCAUUCGGGUGUUAAAAGGAAAAAGUCCGUUGUUUUAGUAAAAUAUAUUUCGACGAAACAAAUAGAGUUAGAAGAAUUGAGGAAUAUUGUCCUUUUAAAAAUUUAUUUACAUUUUCAGAUAAUUGACAUUUUUAUUUCAUAUUAUUAUGUUUUUUAUUCUCGACUUUUUUAGGUACGCACGUGCGUAACGUGUGUACAGGACGCUACGUACGCCUCUGAUUUCACAGUUACACUUCUGUUAAACCGAUAUUUAUGGUGCAUAAUUACAUGGCUUUUAAAUUCUCUUGCAGUUUUCCUUCGCCCGCAUUGUUCCCCCGACGAAGGCUAAACCGGGCUUGGUUGAAGUCAGGCGACAUCAUUUAAAUCCAACUGGAGGAGUUGAUUAAAUAUGGGAUAAAAUGCCCUGUAGUGAGGUGUUCGUUAGGCUGUUGAAAGCAAAUAGAGACCUGUAGAUUCUAAGUUAGAUGGGGACGACUACCCGGGAAGAUACUUUCUCUUUAGGUAAAAGUAGUGUGCGUGCGUGAACCUGCAGCGUUAUUUUGGCGGGAAAAGGUUCCUAAACCGUCAUACUCUUAUUCUUAAACUACACUGGCAAAACGAACAGUUUUACAAUAGACUGGUUACAGUCCCAUAUUUUUUUGUAAUAUCGUCGAGAUCGAGCGCUUACUAUGGGUGGCCCAGGCUAGACUCAGUACAUUUGAAACCAAGGGGGCCGCUCUGUGACCGAUUUUAAGCAAAAAUAGGGGACUGUGAACAGACUAGAUUUACAAAGUCUUUCUGUCAUGAAUUUGGGGACCAAACAAACUUUUGAAUGUUGUUGACGAACCACAGCGCGAGUACUCAGAGUUUUUCAAAGCUAGGUUUCUUCAUUGCUGUGUUGAUUAACCAUGAAGAGAAAAAUCACGAUUACCGUAACUUGACUUAAGUCACGAUAUAAUUCGCGCGAAAGCAAGAUUCUGGUGAUACCGAGAGCUGCGAAACCCGUGCGACCACGAGAUGAAUUUAGUGACCUUACAUCGUGGCCUUAAGUUACAAUCUCAGUUUCUUUGAAAAAGUUCUCAGCGGCAACUCCCGUUGGAUGUUUUUUUUCUUAAUUAAACGUGUGUGUUUUCCAAUAAUAAUCUAUUGUCGGCUUAGUUUUAUCCCCAAAAUUCUAGUGAGACAGCUUGAAUCAUUUAGAACUGCGAGUGUGUCUGAACUGCGUGAGAUUGAUUCAUCAUUUAAUACACUGGUAGGUUAGCUUUGAUUGGAGUUUAAUUCAGUUACUUUUAUCGGUUUGCGGGCUUUAUUGGUAGAGCAGUCCGUCACGGUAUUAGCUGCCAUUUAUAGGUUUUUAGUUCGUCUUUGAAAAUCGGCAGUACUUUUAAUAGUACAAAUUUGUCAACUAGGAUUACAAGUGUGAAACUCGGAUUUACUUUACUAGCAAUUUGUGUACAAGUGUAAGUUGUGCACUGAUGACACCAAGUGUGAUCCGUAAUGCUCAAACAUUCGAUUAAACUUCUUAAUAAACUUUUUCUCUCCCAAACUGAGUUAUGAAGAGUUCUUUCAUCAUUUUAACUUUGGUGUCUGUGGAUAAAAUCCUACGGUGUUACCAUUCAAAUGAAAUUUCUCUGGUAGAACAUUAGCG